AUGCCAUAUGGGAAGGAAUCAAAGGAUGCUUUGGUGAAGCUCAUUGGUGGGAAAAGCACCAGGAUUUAUGUGUAUGAGCAGGACCAAUUUGGCCGAUAUGUUGGCGACAUCUAUUGCGACAGUGUGUUCAUCCAGGAGCAGAUGCUGAAGAAUGGUCAUGCAUGGUAUUUCAAAAAUUAUGAUUCACGCCGAGAGUUUUCUGAAUGGGAGAAAAAGGCAAGAGCUGCGUGCCAAGGGCUUUGGGCGUUAAAUAACCCUGAGAAGCCGUGGGACUGGAGAAGAGACGAGCGCAAUGGAAGACACAUCACUACUGAGGUCUAUUAA